AUGUCUUUCCUUCAACGUCGCCAGGAUCCUGGCACUGCGGACCCCGCUGUCUGCACUAUGGACGAGACAGCCAACGACUGGUACGGAGUGCGCAUCGCCUCUAUCUUUGUCAUCCUCGUUGGUUCACUCCUAGGUGCCGCCAUACCAAUCUACCUCGUGCGUUACCGCAACAGCGACCGCAUGGGCUUCUCCAAGCUGGCCUUCUUCGUCUCAAAGUACUUUGGCACUGGCGUCAUCGUCAGUACGGCCUUCAUGCACCUCAUCUCGCCCGCAGACGAGAUCCUCGGCAUGGACUGCCUGAAGCCGCUUCUUGGCGAUUACGACUGGUCCAUGGCCAUUGUGCUCAUGACGGUUAUGGCCAUGUUCUUCAUUGAGAUGAUAGGCGCCUGGUUUGAGAACAGGAGCAGCGACAAGGCCGGACAUGGCCAUGCGCUCGCUCCAUCCAAGAAGACCGACGAGGAAGAUGGCAGCCUGAACAAGGAGGUGACGGGCACUGGCGUUAAGGAGGCAGGUAACCCCACCGCCAGUGGCAUGCCGUCCAACAUUCGCGGCGAGGAUCAUUUGGGACACGGCCGCGCUCAUAACGAGGGCGAUUCCCAUGUGGCCUUUGCCGGCAAGAUGACAUCGAUGAUUAUUCUCGAAGCCGGUGUCAUCUUGCACUCCGUCUUCAUUGGUCUGACGCUUGCUGUUUCAUCCGAGUUCAUCGUUCUCUUUGUCGUCCUCGUCUUCCACCAGACCUUUGAAGGACUCGGUCUAGGUUCGCGGCUUGCCACAUUCGAUUGGCCCGCCGACAAGCGCCGCUGGACUCCUUGGAUUUUUGCUCUUCUGUACGGCCUGACCACACCUAUCGCCAUUGCCGUCGGACUGAGCGUGAAGAAUGCGCUCGAGGCGGCACCGACGACCAGGUACAUGGUCGAGGGUAUCAGCAACGCCAUCAGUGGCGGAAUCCUGUUAUACACUGGUCUGGUGGAGCUGCUGGCCCACGAGUUCAUCUUCAACCCUGAGAUGGAUCGCGCCUCGCUCCGCUACAAGCUCUUUGCUUUUGGUUGUAUUGCAGCCGGCGCAGGGCUGAUGGCUCUACUGGCCAACUGGGCUUAA